GAAUGUCUCAAUUUCUUCAUCCUUUAUUUCAAGUAUCACAAGAAAAAAUGGGUUCCAAGGCAUUUCUGAUUCUCGGCCUUUUUGUGGCCAUAUUUGUAAUGAUAAGUUCUGAGGUUGUAGCUAGGGAGUUGGCUGAGACUUCCACCACUUCAGAGGACUCAAAGAAUUCCAAUAACAAGAAUGAAGUACAUGUAGACCACUCUGGCGGGUACAAUGGCGGUGGAUACUCCGGUGGCGGAUACCAUGGCGGCGGUCACGGUGGUGGCGGAUACCAUGGCGGCGGUCACGGUGGUGGAGGAUACAAUGGCGGCGGUCACGGUGGUGGCGGAUACCAUGGCGGUGGUCACGGUGGUGGCGGUGGAUAUUCUGGCGGUGGACAUGGCGGCCACAGUGGACACGGUGGACAUGGUGGUGGCGGCCACAAGUGCUGCUCCUAGAUACAAUGGUGAAUAGUAAUAUAGUUACAAUCACCUUGUACCAAUUGGUGGCAAAAUGUAAUAGUACGUAAUACUAUUGCUGGCUAUUUCUAGCUUCUUGUAAGAAUGAUGAAAUAAAAGCUAUCAUGUUAUAAAAGCUAUCAUGUUACGUUUGUUAAUUAUAUAAUGGUACGUGCCAUAACACUUUUCCGUUGGUGUU